AUGUUGGACAAGGUGAACCAGACCUGCGCCAUGGAAUUCAAGGAAUACGACCAAAGAAACGAAUAUCCGACUACAAUUGACCAGGUCGCCAAAGCGCUGAUCAAACAUAAGCCGGACAAUAGAAAGAAAGAUCCGACGACACCGAGACCUACUCCAAGCGCAACCACUGCGAGCAGCAGUGCCCCUGACGGAGUGACGGAAUGGAGCGACCCAGGACGAUACAGCGACGCACCCACUACUACUACUACUACUUCAAGACGAGCGGGGAGAGCCAAUCUCCAAGUCCCUGCGACUGCAUCUGCGGCGCAGUCGGAUGCCGCGUCUAGCGUCACUGGAACGCAAUCGACUGGUCAACAACAUCGAAGCAAUAUGCAACGAGCUGUUGUUGACAGGAGUGGAAAUGGCAAUUCUGGUACUACUGAUGUAACCGGUUCUUAUGUGGUACGAGGCAGAUCUGUCGGUGAUGGACGAUCUGAUGGUAGGAUUACAGGAUGGAACCUUGCACAAGUAUGUGUAAGACCGAUUCUGAAGAAGAAAGCAGUCUCCACUGAAGACAGGGGAGAGUUGCUAAUGAAGAAAUGGCAAGCA